CUGACUGAAAUUUGUGUAAUAAAAUGUUUAUACCGUCUUCAUCGUCAUCUGCAAACACCACACCGAGAUAACAGAGACAAUCCGAUGAAAGCUCUCCUUAAUCCCGAAUCUUCAUACUCUGUCUCUUCGAUCUCUUCGUUUCAGAUCAAGAGGUCUCUCCACUUGAACGGACCGAGUUCUUCAUGUCUCCGGUUUCCUUUAACCGAUUGCAACGGCCGUCCGUUGCGGCGGAAGCUCGCUGUUGGUUUGAAGAUAAAGGCAGUGUUGGACUCAGCAAUGAUGGAACAGUUGGGACUUAAGGAAUCUGAUAUUAAGAAUCCGGCGCUCUCUUCGACUUACCGAAGUCCGGCGAUUCCCAAGGCAAACCCUACCGUCCUUGAUGCCCAAGCUAGGGUUUGCACCGGGCCGACUCAGACAAGACCCCUCAGUGAAGAACAGGCUUUUAAGGUGUUUGAUACUAUACUAAGAUCAGCUAGAGGGGAACUAAAAGACGAAGAACCUGUUUCAAAAUCGCAACUUGGUGCGUUUUUUGCUGGAAUGACGAUCCGUGCAAAUGCAUUUCCGGGGGAAACUCAAUGGAGCGAAGGUGAAAAGCGAGCGAUGGAUGUGUUUUGGCCACUCCUGGUUCGGGCACUACCUCCUGAUGUGCUCUUCAUUGCAGAUCCUGAAGGCUCUCUUUUGGGUUCGGGAAACUCGGUUGGACCAACUUUUGUUGGCAAUGAAACUAGAGAGAUGAGAUUGGUUGGUGCGUUAAGAGAGGUUUUGGCUGGAGGUCACCUUGGGUAUGAGGAAGUUAAAGGUGUUUUAAGAGACGUUCUUCCGCUUGCAACAGAAGAUAGCUUGACUUCGGGAGUAAGCGAGUCAUUGCUUUCGGCGUUUUUGAUUGGUCAACGUAUGAACAGAGAAACAGACCGAGAGCUUAAAGCUUACUGCCUUGCAUUUGAUGACGAACUAGGGGCUUCUCCAGUUGCUGAUGUCAAAUCGUUAACCCAUUACGGCGAGCCUUAUGAUGGGAACACUCGAUUCUUUCGAAGCACUCUAUUUGUAGCUACAGUUAGAGCCUGCUAUGGUGAAUCUUCAGUGCUCCAUGGCGUAGAAUGGAUGCCUCCAAAGGGGGGUGUAACUGAGGAACAAAUGCUGAACUUUAUGGGAGCAAAUACAAGAUUGUCUGUUCAGCAGGCAAAAGAACUCAUCGAGGACGAGAAGGCUGGAUUUGCAUAUCUUAGUCUACGGGAAGCUCGACCCUCUCUAUAUUCAGUAGUCGGAAUGAGGGAGCAUAUAAAGAAGCGCCCUCCUCUGGCAACAACGGAGAAAGUUCAGCAAUUUGUGAGGGCGACAGGGAAGGAAGCAAUUGUGGCUGGGUUUUACCACGAAGGAUACGAAGAGCCUCUCUUAAUGCUUAUGAGACGAAGAGGUGUCCAUUCUGGUUUGGUGAUUAAGGGCGAGGAAGGAGCCCUCUCAAUGACAACACGGGUGCGAGCAGCAAGUGCAUCAAAAAAAGGGUUUCCAGUUAACUACUGUUCUGGGUUUCGUUCAUUGAGUUCAGACACGGCUCUAGAAGCUGACGGGGUCUCGAGACAGAGUUUCAAUCUUGAGGUGGAUGCUAGAGACUAUGGAUUUGAACCAACCGAGACACCACGAACUGAUCGUUCGGUAUCAAAGAACAUAGAGCUCGGUUUGGCAGCGCUUCGUGGUGAGAAAGGCGCGGCUUAUGAUAGAAUCGUCCUAAAUGCUGGGAUUGUGGAUCAUUUGUUGGGAUGUGAAGGUGCAGAUGAUGUAGCUGUAGCUAUGGAGAGAGCAAAGGAAGCUAUUGAUAGUGGGAAGGCUCUGAAUAAACUUUUGAAUUACAUAGAGAUCUCACGCAAGAUGAAAUAGUUCCUUCCAACAAUCUGGAGUCUGACAAAUUUACACGUUCUGGAAAUUGAGAAAGCAUAUACACCUGUCUGAUUCUUUUGGUUUUCGUUUUGUGGGCAAACUCUCUAUUGUUGUUGUUGAAAACUGUGUGUUUUUCUUUUACAGAGUGGGACACAUAAAACAAUGCUUGUGGUGGCUCUCUGUGGAUAACAUGUACAGAAUCUGGAGAAAAAAGUUGAUUAUUUCUUCUU